UAGGAGGUCGGAGGUGAACACACCACACACACUUUUCUUCCCAAGACUGUAGUAGUCUGACGCCGCGCUUUAUUUGGUUGCCAACAGGCGGCCCAGUUUAAAAGCGCGAGGUUCCCCCUGGUCUCCAGGACAACCAGCAAACGCUAGCGGAAUUUAUCACGACUUCACCAGCACGCACACGAGAUCACCGCUCCUGCUCUCGAGCUGUCCUGAGACAGGAGUUUCCAUCCUUCCUAAAGGCUUCACACAGGAUACUGCUUCCAGUCAGAAAAGCCGGACUUCUCGUUUAACGCUUUCCUGCUUCCGUUCACGCGACGUCACGAGUUUAACACACCGGCGCUGUGUCGUGACAUGACGCGCAGAGUAACCGCUUCUGGCUGCUUAUGGCGCAGGAGAGAGUGAAAUCUAUAUAACCUGGGCGAUUCUGUGCAAUGAGACAGCCUGAUCCGAGUUAAAGGAGCCCGCACUGAUCAGAGAUGUUCACCACAGCUUCUCUAAAUGUCUCCUCUAUUUCCCCGACUGCUUCCCCGACGGAUCAGCUCUCAGAAGUUAUGAUUGCAUUAUCUUGUCUGGUGGUUGUUGUCCUGGUUAUUCUGGUGGGGUCUGCCAUCUACCGUAGGGAAACAUUCUGCUGUAAAUCCCGGGCUUAUCAAGACUCACAUGCUGACUUGGAGCCUUCCUCUCAGCACUACAGCAGCCGGCAGACUUUGGUGGGCUCACCUUGCACUGAUUUAACCCAAGACCUUGAAAGCCUUGAUAGCAUCAACCCUCAGUCAGGGCAGUUGUUCUACGUGGGCAUGCCCAGCACAUAUUGCCUCCCACCUAUGGACUCGUCCCUGCCUCAUCUGCCUUCCUAUGAGAGCGUGCGUAAGAAGGACAGACAGCGGCAGAUUCACAUGAUGAUUGCAGACCGCUUUGGUCUGAGUGGACCCGUCGUAGCAGAGGAUCCACCCACAUAUGAGGAGAGCGUUCGCCAAUCUCUUCAGUCACUUCAUUCCUUAGACCCCCCUUCUGACACCAUACCACCAUUGCCGAUGCCACAAGUUGUUCUCUCUCAGCCUAUGGAUGCCUUGCCUCAAUAUGAGGAACUACCUCACACUACUACCUCACCAGUUAAUAAUAAUAAUAAUAAUAACAACAACAACAACAACAACAACAACAACAAUAACAGUAGUAAUGACCCACAUCACAGGGAUUCGGAUUAAUGGAGGAGAAUUACACUGUUCUAGUCUCUCCAGUGACACUGAUGAACAAUAGAAAAAUCAUUGUUGUUUUCAAAAAAAAGUCUACGCGGACUAUGGCAAUAUUUGAUUAAGCUGGUGCAGCUCAAAGGCCAAAGAAGUGAAGAAGAAGAAGAAGCCUUUACACAAGAACAGUAACACAAACACAGAGCCACGAGGAAAAUUCCACCAGUAUUCAGGAAAAACCAUUCAAGCACACUAAACAUGUCUGUGUGUUUGAAGCACACCCUACAGACUAGAGCAUUGUUUAUCAAUGACUCCUGACACCUUGUCAUGAGAAAACAAGGGAUUUAAUUGCAGCUUCUUGCAGACUUAAGAGAAACAGACAGACAAUGACAGACAACCAUGAUUCAGCCUUAAUAAACGUGACUAUACUUUCUCAGGUAACUUUUAGAUGGAGAUUUAUUAGAGAGAGACGAUUGAUAUUGUUUCUUUUUCAUUGUUUCUUUGUAUAUUGUCUUUUUAUAUGUGUAUAUAUUCUAACUUUUUUCCUGACUCCUUGUAAUGGUAGUUGUCUUCUAUUUCUUUUUUUUACAUUACUGCUGACUUAGUACUAUGACAUACACAUGCACUACUGUUGUGCCCUCUUAAAUAAGAGCUAGAUGUUUUCAGGGAACAUGUCUUAGCUCAAGAAAUUGAGUAAAUAAAACAAGAUGUGCUGA